CUGAGGAAGGCACAAUGGAUCUGGCAUAUGUUUGUGAGUGGGAGAAGCGCCCAAAGAGUAACCACUGCCCAUCCAUUCCAUUGGUCUGCGCCUGGUCUUGUCGCAACUUGAUUGCUUUCACCACGGACCUCAAAAAUGAGGAGGAAAAAGACCUCACCCAUAUGGUCCAUAUCCUUGACACGGAACAUCCGUGGGACGUCCACUCCAUCAAUUCUGGACACAUAGAAAUAAUCACCUGCUUGGAAUGGGAUCAGUCAGGAUCCAGACUUCUGUCUGCUGACGCUGAUGGGCACAUCAAAUGUUGGAGUAUGAUGGACCACCUGGCCAACAGCUGGGAGAGCGCGGUGGGCAGUGAAGUGGAAGGAGACCCAGUAGUGGCACUUUCUUGGUUGCACAAUGGGGUGAAGCUGGCUUUGCAUGUGGAGAAGUCUGGAGCAUCCAAUUUUGGUGAGAAAUUCUCCCGGGUCAAGUUCUCCCCAUCGUUGACCCUCUUUGGUGGGAAACCCAUGGAGGGCUGGAUCGCAGUGACCAUCAGCGGGCUGGUCACCGUCUCCCUGCUGAAGCCCAAUGGACAAGUGCUGACCUCCACGGAGAGCCUCUGCCGCCUGCGCUGCCGCGUGGCCUUGGCUGAUAUUGCUUUCACCGGUGGAGGCAACAUUGUGGUGGCCACGUCAGAUGGCAGCAGUGCCUCUCCAGUCCAGUUCUACAAAGUCUGUGUCAGUGUGGUGAACGAGAAGUGUAAAAUUGACACAGAAAUCCUCCCCUCCUUGUUCAUGCGCUGCACCACAGACCCAGCUCGGAAAGACAAAUAUCCUGCAAUCACCCACUUGAAAUUUCUAGCUCGGGACAUGUCUGAGCAGAUGCUGCUGUGUGCCUCCAGUCAGAACAAUAGCAUUGUGGAAUGCUGGUCACUCCGGAAAGAAGGACUGCCAGUUAACAACAUUUUCCAGCAGAUUUCCCCCACAGUUGGGGACAAGCCGCCGAUGAUCUUGAAAUGGCGGAUCCUUUCAGCCACUAAUGACCUGGACCGAGUUUCUGCUGUGGCAUUACCCAAACUGCCAAUUUCUUUGACCAGCACUGAUUUGAAGGUAGCAAGUGACACCAAGUUCUACCCGGGUUUAGGCCUGGCGCUUGCUUUCCAUGAUGGCAGCGUCCACAUCAUCAACCGCCUCUCCUUGCAAACCAUGGCAGUGUUUUACGGCUCAACCUCUCAGCGCCCGGUGGAUGAGCAGACCAUCAAACGCCAGAGAGCUUCUGGCCCCAUGGUCUACUUCAAAGCUAUGCAGAUGUCUUGGACGUCACUGGCCUUAGUUGGGAUUGAUAGCCAUGGAAAGCUUAGCAUGUUCAGGAUCUCUCCCUCCAUGGGUCAUGUUCUGGAUAUGAAUAUUUCUCUCCGUCACUUGCUUUUCCUGUUGGAGUACUGCAUGGUGACAGGGUAUGACUGGUGGGACAUCCUGCUUCACGUCCAGCCCGGCAUGGUGCAGAAUCUGGUGGAAAAGCUGCAUGAGGAAUACAUGCGCCAAAAUGCCGCCCUGCAGCAAGUCCUCUCCACGCGCAUCAUUGCCAUGAAAGCCUCACUUUGCAAGCUCUCCUCCAGUACGGUGGCCAGAGUUUGCGACUAUCAUGCUAAGCUUUUCCUGAUCGCCAUCAGCUGCACCCUGAAAUCCCUGCUCCGGCCCCCAGUCCUCAACACGCCCGACAAGACUCCUGGGGACAGGCUUACUGAGAUCUGUGCCAAGAUCACCGAUAUAGAUAUCGACAAAGUGAUGAUUAAUUUGAAGACAGAAGAAUUUGUGCUGGAGAUGACCACCUUGCAAUCUCUCCAACAAUUGAUCCAGUGGGUUGGAGACUUUGUACUCUAUUUGCUCGCCUGUCUCCCGAACCAGGGUUCUGGACCAGCAUCAGGACCUGUUCGUCCAGGUCACAGUUUCCUCCGGGACGGGGCCUCCCUAGGCAUGCUCCGUGAGCUGAUGGUCAUGAUCCGAAUCUGGGGCCUCUUGAAACCAAGCUGUCUUCCCAUUUAUACAGCCACAUCUGAUACACAGGACAGCAUGUCCCUUCUCUUCCGACUUCUUACCAAAUUGUGGUUAUGCUGUCGUGACGAAGGGCAUCCCAGCGAGCCGGACGAUACCUUGAUCGACGAAUGCUGCCUCCUACCCAGCCAGCUCCUCAUCCCAAACAUGGAUUGGCUUCCGGUGAACGAUGCCAUCAUCAGCAAGCUGCAGAAUAAGCAGCCUGUCCGGCUGCAGUUUGGAAAGCCUCCUGGGAUCGUUGGACACUCCACUUCGGUUCCGUGCGAUGCAUUUACCAGGACAACUGGGUACCCAAAGAUUGACCACCUGCGGCGCCUCCAUCUUGGAGCUUAUCCUACUGAAGAAUGCAAGUCCUGUACGAGGUGCGGCUGUGUUACGAUGCUCCGUUCCCCAAAUAAGACCACGGCUGUGAAGCAGUGGGAGCAGCGAUGGAUCAAAAAUUGCCUGUGUGGUGGCUUGUGGAGGAGAAUGCCCCUCAGCUACUCAUGAUGGACCCCAGGACUCUUUGCCUUCUCCAGAUGGAAUGCAUGAGGAAUGGACCACCUUUCCGUGGAGUUUUGCAGCUUACUCCAUUUUUAAAAAAACGUCCUGAAGGAAAACAGCCAAUAUAAGAAACUCAGGAAGAGCUGUGGGUGGUUUUAUCCCCAUGGAGGAGCAGACUUUCCUAGGCCAAAGCACCAGAGAAAUCA